CAGUCUGGUUUGGUGGUGUCCCAGAGAACUGUGAGAUGCCUUCUUCAGAUUCUCGAUCCAGAUGGGGUAGAGCUGAGGUCACGCCGCCGUCUACGGAGACGUGUGUAUGCCAACCCAGGGCCAAACUUCUUAUGGCAUGUCGACUCAUAUGAUAAACUGAAACCAUAUGGAAUUUGUAUAAAUGGAGCUGUCGAUGGAUUCUCACGUAUGGUUAUAUGGCUACAUGCCUUUUCAACAAACAGUAAUCCCAAAGUUGUUGCCGGGUACUUUGUUAAUGAAGUGAAGGAAAGAGAGGGCGCUCCUAUGAGAAUUCGAUCGGACAUGGGCACAGAGAACUCUGUCCUUGAAGAGCUUCAAAGAUUCCUGAGAAGCAACCAUGAAAACUCAGAUCCCUGUUACAUCACAGGAUCCAGCAAUCAUAAUCAGAGGAUUGAGCAGUGGUGGGGAGUUUUAAGGAAGCACCACGCACAAUACUGGAUGAACAUUUUUCAGGAUUUGAAGAACAAUGAUACAUUCUCAGGAGACUUCCUGGACAAAAAUCUCUUGCAGUUCACAUGUAUGGAAAUAAUAGAGAAAGAAUUACAAGAAGUUGCACGACUUUGGAACACGCACACCAUUAGCUGCAGUCGGAAUACUGCCUGCCCAAGAGGAAAGCCUUUAAUAAUGUACAGACUUCCUCACCUUUUUGGAUGCACGGACCACCUGAAAACUGCAUCAAUGGAACAAAUAGAACUUUGCAGAGAGGAGAUCCUCCCAAGAGGCCCCUACCCAUGUGACGAAUCGGUAUUUGAAAUUUGCUGUUUAGCAAUGGCAGAAAAUAAUCUGCAUCCACCAUCUUCUUCCAAUGAAGCUGUUGAACUCUAUCUUUUUCUGAGAGACUAUAUUCAUAUGUACAUUGUGUGAAAAUGGCAAACUGCUUAACUGUAAUAUUUUCUGAAAGAUCUAUAUGUAUGUCCUAAGAAGUAUAACACACGAU